UUAAGUUUUAAUUUAGAUACAGUUUAAUAGUGUUUUUUUUUUUCUUUCUUUUUAACCCUGACAGUGUCAACAUGGGUCGAUUAUUGGCUAAAGUGGAAAGUAUGCUGCUGCUGUGCCUGGGUUUUGUUGGACUUCUCUUCAUUAUGCAUGGAAGGUUAGAUGAUGUAGAAAAAAUUGAAGAUCAUACUGUCAUCCCAUCUCGCGUUACAUGUGUCUCAGAUGAACCAAAAAAAAUGAAAUGGAUCUCAAGCUGCAAAGAGAACUCAUCAGUAGCAAGUAUUAUUGGUUUUUCAGCACUGCCGAUCCACAUUCAGGACUUCUUGAGAUAUAAACAUUGCAGAAACUUUUCACAGAUCCUUAACGCACCUCAGAAAUGCAAUGGAAGAGCUGCAUCGAAAGGGGUAUUCCUGCUCCUUGCCAUAAAGUCUUCUCCAGCAAACUAUGACAGGAGAUCUGUAAUUCGUCAAUCUUGGGGUAAGCAAGACGACUAUAAUGGUGUCCAUGUGAAAAGGAUUUUCCUGUCAGGGACAUCCGAGAACAGACAUUUGCAUCACCUUCUAAGAAUUGAGAGCGAGUCAUACGGUGAUAUCUUACAGUGGGACUUUCGUGACACUUUUUUUAACCUGACUUUAAAGCAAUUCCUCUUCUAUCAUUGGCUAGAAGAAUAUUGUCCAGGAGCUCAUUUUAUUUUCAAUGGGGAUGAUGAUGUAUUUGUCAACACCUUCAACGUAAUCACCUACCUACGUGAACUGAGAGCCGAUAGUCACCUCUUUGUUGGGCAACUGAUAGCCAACGUUGGACCUAUUCGCGAUCCUGGCAGCAAAUACUAUAUCCCCACACAGAUCACCAAUUCCAAUUCCUACCCAAUGUAUUGCGGGGGCGGCGGAAUACUCAUGUCCCGCAGUACUGCUCAUGUCAUUUACAAUAAAUCUCUGGAAAUACCGCUGUUCCCAAUUGAUGAUGUGUAUCUAGGCAUGUGUCUGAAAAAGGCUGGCCUUGUCCCAGACUCUCACAUGGGAAUGAGGACAGUAGGUGUGCAAGUGCCAUCAGCCAAACUGGAUUCUUUCAACCCAUGCUAUUACAGAGAGCUGUUAAUGGUACACCGCUUUGUGCCAUACCAGAUGCUGGUCAUGUGGAAAGCUGUACAAGAUCCUCAACUUUACUGUGGACAGAAGCUCUCUUUAUAUAUAGACACGCAAAUGGGUUAACAAGAUAAAGCAGGGCCGGCCCUACCAUGGGACCCGAUGGUACCAUUGUACCAGGCAGCACUUUCAG